UCUUCCACCUACAUCCUUUUCUUCCUUCUUUCUCUAACCAACGUUUUCUUCCUUCUUUCUCUAACCAACGUUAAGGUGCUUUUGUUAGGUAAGUAUAAGUUUUAGUUAUGAAUUUUGGAUUAGAGUUUUAGGUAGUUUAAAUUGGUGAGAUUUGACCUUAAUCCUUUGGUUUAUAAGAUUUUUGGGUAUUAAACUUUUAUUAGAAAUAUCCUUAAUUUUGGAGCUUAUAUGGGAAAGAUAAUGAGUUAGUCCUUUUUAUUGUUUGAUUUGGGUGUGAAUUUUGACGGCAGGAAUUAUAAGUAAAUUGUACUAUUUGUGAAUUACUGUUCACGAUUACUGUUCACGCAUUAUGCUUUGAUAUCUUUCAAUAGAAAGUCCUAAUAUUAUUUUGGACAUAUUAUGAAUUUGUUUGACAUGCGUAUGUGUUUGUGGUUAUGGAGUAAGUGGGACCUAAGCUUAAAGCUUGGGGUAUUCAGUGGACCCUUCGGGGCAUUUAGUGGACCUCUGCGCAGUAGGGUUAGUACCGUGAUUAGUUCCGGUACAGUGUUGCUAGUACACCUCAGUGGACUCCAUAGAAUUGUGUGAUUUUCGAUUUUAUGCAUUGCGCUUGUGACAUCGUAUUUGUGAGCAUAUGAUUUUAGUAUAUGAACUCAAUUUAAAUGUCAUUGAUUAUUUCUUGACAUUUGUACUUAUGAUUUGAGAUAUUAAGCUAUUAUUUAAAUAGUGAGAAUUAAAAUAUUAUGUGAUUUGAUUCUGCUGUGUCUUAUGCCUUUUGUGUGGAUAAAUCUAAAGGUUUUAGAACCCAAGUUUAUAGCUUAAAUUUAUUACUUAUUGGGCUGUGAGCUCAUAAAAUCCCCCCCAAUUCAGAUCAGUAGAUCGAGGUAGCAGCAUCUUGGUUUACGAGCUUUUGGCACGGGACUCGUAUGCUCGUUGUA